AGAAAACCUUACAUUGACACCUCAACACUCUCACUGGUCACAAACAGCACUACAGGCAAAUUAUUGGAAUGGAUUCGCAGCAGCACAGUCCGCGGUCGCGGUACUAGAGCAGAGCCUGUCUAGUACAACGAGAUUACAUUGCAAUGAUUGCAAUAUGAGUUUUCGUACCGACUCAGAGUACUCAAAGCAUUGUCAAUCACAUAAGAAAUACACCUUUGAUGGGACAGACGAAAGCUCAUUAAGGCCACAGAUGAAGUUUGAUCUCGAUACUCCGGAAGCAAUAGAACGAUGGAUUGCCGAACGACGGAAAAAUUAUCCUACGGCGGGAAACAUUGCGAGAAAGAAAGCCGAGAUGGGAGAACGCAUAGCAAGAGGGGAGCUAAUUGAGAAUCGUAGGAGUUUGCCAAACAAACGAAGUCAAAGUAAUCAAACGAACGUAUACGAGGGAUAUUAUCCGUCAAAACGCGCCAGAGUGGACUUCACCAAUUCAAAAUACACAGAUCCGAAAGGUCGGCAACCAGAGUAUGAUGCUGCGAAGAAGGAAAAUGGUCAGAACUUGCGUGAAAAUGUGAACAACAACUAUAUGAAUGGUUAUGGAAGGGGGAAAUUUUGUAAAAGAACGGAUACUAAUUUUGGAAGACAGACUUAUGGGAGACCUUGGUUUCACGGAGAUAACAGAAAUUACGCAAGCUCGAAGACUUAUGGACCCACAUACAAUCGGCCAAACUUACUAAAUCAGUUGCUUGCAAGGGAUAUUCAUCGCGAGAAAAGCGCUAUACUGCAAUGCUUCCGUCACAUCAUCACACAGAACUUCUUUGGUGUAAUACCGGACAAUGUUAUUGAAGAGAACAAAAGGCGAGGUCCAUCCAUUGUCAUGUAUGGAAAUAGUUCUUCGGAUACCGAAUCCGGGACUGACAAUGAGAUUGAGGGCGGGUGA